GUUCUUCAGCCCAAUCGAGCGAGCAAGCUGUAGCGACCAAAGCCACUUCAGGUCCCUUGUUCUUCCUUCCAAAGGAGAUCAGCUCAAGCUGAAGAAAACGGUCGAAACCCCAUUCCUCCUUGCCUUUUACAUUCAAUUCCACAUCGACAACAAUGAUCUUCCCAAAGCCAACCUCCUACUACGAAAAGGGAUUCAAGCGCUCCCCUGCCCUCGAGCGCGCCACUGCUCCCUUCCGCGUCAGGAAUGCACUCACCGGCGCAGGCCUCGUUGCCUUUUGUGCCUCUGUCUACGCCUACUCGAUCCUGGCCGUGAGACAGGACGACUUUUCGGAUAUCCAGCUGCCACAGCAUGUGCUUGACCAACAAAAGGAAUAUGCUGCUUUAGCGAUUGCGAGGGAGAAGGAGGUAGCAGCAGCAGCAAGAGCAGCAGCAGCAGAAGCAGAAGCAGCAUCCGCAGCAUCAGUAUAAACACGCUCGGGAGACAGUUUCGUCCACAUUAUCAUAGCACUCACACCACAACAAAUAACUCGGCAUCGAAUAAAAAAAAUUGGUCUCCUGAAAUCGACAAACUGCGCUUUGCCCAAAACCGUCUUUAUUUUUUUAUUUUUUUCCCUGCUCACGACAUGAUUCCAAAGAAACUACCACCACUUCCACCGAUUCGUGAUCUGAUCAGGGUCUACGGCCUCUCUGCGAAUCAAAGGUUUUCUCAAAACUUCAUUCUCGACAAGAAUGUCACAGAUACCAUUGCUCAGCAUGCUAAAAUCUCAGAGAAGGAUGAUCUGGUUGUCGAGGUC